AUGGAUGAGUUGCCAGUGGAAGCUUUAGUUCGUUAUAAGGCCAAAUUAGAUAUUGUUGGACUUCACCAGUGCCCGUACAAACUAAAAGCCGACGAGUGGACCAAUAACCCGAAGCAGUGGCCCAAGAUUGAAUAUCCCGAUGUUUACCACUAUCUCAUUAAUACUCCAGGGGUUUUCAGCCAACAGCCAAAAGCAAACCAUCGGUCUUUGGAAGCCUACAACUUUUUUGUAUCUGGAUGGGUCCAAACUGUUUUGCACAUUAAAGUUGGUACCAAUACUGUUUUGAAAGCUGACGUGAAACCUUCCUGGCGGGUAACAGAGGACUGUCACCAUUCUUGGGUAGCAGUUGACAACAGUGUAUGUGUACUUACUGCACACUGUGACUGUAUGUCAGGUUUGGGGGAAUCUUGCUCACAUAUUGGUGCCUUGCUAUACAAGAUGGAAGCAGCAGUCCGUCUCGGAUACACAGACAGUGCUUGCACUGAUGUUCCUUGCCAGUGGAAUCAGUGUUUCACCAAAAAAGUGACACCAUCGCCUGUGGCCCGUAUUAACUUUUACACCGAAAAGGUAAAAGAAAAAGUAAGAAAGUGUAAUAUAAUUAAGAAACAUGCUACACCUGCCACUGAAGAUGAACAAAAACUGUUUCUUGCUGGGUUACAAAGCACAGGGGAAAAUAUUGUAGGAUUUGUGGCAUUCAGUGAAUAUAAUGAGUGUUUUAUGAAUGACAAACCACUGCCUAAGGAAAGAAGUAUUCCAAUUAAAUACAGAGAUUUUUAUUUCAAAGAAGAAUACACUUCAGCCAGUGACACAUAUUUAUUGGGCAUUUGUCAAAAGGCAGACAUUCCACCAAUCACAAAGGAACAGAUUGGCUAUGUGGAAGAGGUAACCAGGGGACAGGCUUCAUCACUGGAUUGGCAUAAUCAGAGGAAUGGACGGAUUACUGGAUCUGUGGCUCAUGCCUUCUUGAGAACUGACCCCAAUCAUCCAGCCCAAUCUCUAAUUUACAAGGCAUGCUCUACCAGCACAGUACAAAUCAACACAGCUGCAAUUUCAUGGGGCAAGGAGCAUGAAAAUGAUGCUUAUGUGCUUUACGAAUCCAUUAAUGACAGCAGGUUCCAAGUGGACAAUAAAAUAUCAGGACAUAUUCUCCCACUGUCCCGAGGAGUUCAUACAAACUUCCAUGUGCGGAAGUGUGGAUUUAUGAUUUCGGAUGAAUUGCCGUUCCUUGGUGCCUCACCUGAUGGACUUUGCUGUUGUGACUGUUGUGGUCAGGGGGUACUUGAAAUAAAAUGCCCCUACAAAUUUCGAAAUAUUGAUUUUGACAAUGCUGCUAAAGACCCCUACUGUUGCAUCACAGCUGACUACAAAUUAAAAGUUAACCAUUCUUAUUACACGCAAUGUCAGUUUCAAAUGUUUGUUGCCAAUGCAAGCUACUGUGACUUUGUAUUUUGGACCCCAGUUGAUGUUGUCGUGACACGGAUUUCGAUUGAUAAUGAUUUUGUCUGA